AUGUCCCAUGAAACCGCUGACGAAGAGACUCCUCUGCUGCGUGUUAGUGAGUAUGUGGAACCCCGACCCAAGGCGGCAGUGAUAGGCAUCACACCUCUCCCGUGGCGACAGUUUUCUAUUAUACUGUCACUUCAAGUCCUAGAACCAAUGACUUCGCAGGUCAUCUCGCCGUUUGCACCACAGCUCAUACGUGACAUUGGAGUUACCAAUGGCGAAGAAGCCCUUGUCGGAUUUUAUGUUGGCCUGCUGCAAUCACUUUUCUUUGCAACUGAGGCAUUAACCACUUUUCAUUGGAGCCGUCUUUCUGACGUUGUCGGCCGUAAGCCGAUUUUAUUGAUUGGUCUCACGGGCGUCUCUAUUUCUAUGUACUCUUUUGGACUCUCAAGAACCUUUUGGAGUGUCAUCUUAAGCCGUUGUCUGUGUGGUGCGCUCAAUGGGAACGUGGUAGUCAUGAAGAGCAUGAUCGCAGAUAUCACGGACUCCACAAACAUGCCUCGGGCGUAUGGAUAUAUUCCGUUUGCUUGGCAGACUGGUAUCGCUCUGGGGCCUCUUCUUGGCGGACCUCUAGCACACCCAACAGUCCGGUAUCCGGAACUUUUUGAGAGAUUUGAAUUCUUAAGGGCGUAUCCCUAUUUCCUUCCUUGUGCCGUGAUAGGAACAUUAGCGAUUGUAUGGUGGUGCGUUACAUUCUUAUUUCUCCGCGAGAGCACAAAACCUAGCACUAGUCUGGCUCUAUUUCUCGGGUUGCAAAAGAGCGAAACAACUGCUUCACGGACCAUGCUAUCGGAUUGUGACUUCGCACCAGAAGUUAAGCCAUUGCCGUUUCGCGAUUUGCUGGUGACACGGGUGGUCAUCGCAACCUGCGCUUACGCUGCCAUCGCUCUGGUCGAAAUCUCGUUUCGUGCUGUCCAACCAGUAUUUUAUGCUACACCUAUUGAAAUGGGUGGCCUUGGACUGGAUACUCCAGCCAUUGGCAUAAUUCUGGCGGUGCUUGGUAUUCUGAACGGAGUGCUCCAAGCCUUAUUCUUUGUGCGGUUGCACGAAUGGCUAGGAGGAAGAAAUCUGUAUCUCUUCUCUGUCUUCAGUUGCUUCCCGAUGCUUGCACUGUUCCCGGUCAUCAGUUCCACAGCCAAAGCACAGGGACUGAGCUACUUCGUUUACCUCCUGGUGGGCUUGCAGCUCCUCGCCUUUGUAAUCUCAUAUUCCGCCUAUGGUGUCGUAUUCAUGUACAUCAAUGCAUCUGCGCCAAACCGAGCGUCAAUCGGUGCAACAAAUGGGCUUGCGCAGACUGUGGUAUCCGUCACACGCGCUGUUGGGCCAGCGCUGGCGAAUUCUGCUUACUCACUAAGUAUCGAGAAGCAACUCCUCGGUGGAAAUAUGGUGUAUUGGUUAAUGGCUGGAAUGGUUUGUAUUGCGAUCGGUGUUGGAUCCAUCCUCCCGAGGCGUUUGUGGUGUGACUAG